AUGACCUCCCCCAUGGCUGGGAUCGCUAUGGAGGACAGUAGAGAGGACUUCAAGGUCUUGGGGUACCUCCCUGAGGUUCAAUCAGGAGAGUAUACAAGCGGAGAUUCUGCUGCAAUUGCAAAGAAGCCACAAGGAUCAUAUUCUCCAGAAAUGGAGAAUGCAUUACGUGUAAUCCCACCAAAGCCAUAUACAGAUAUCUUGGUACAACACUAUAUCCGCGAAACGAACUCGCAGUACUAUUGCCUCUAUCCACCAAUGUUCCUACGUGAUUACUCUACAUGGUGGUCGGGUAAAGCCAGCGGCCAGCCGUUGACUUCAGAGUUUACUUGUCUAUUACUACGGACAUGCGCAUGUUCAGCAUUAUUCCUCGACGCUGGCCUAAGGCAGAAGCUCGAAAUGGAAUUGGGAGAAAGUGUUGAGAGCCUUUCUGAGCGUUACCAUCAUGCGGCCAAACAACUGAGCAGCACCAUUGCUCCAGGGAAAGGAAGACUAACACAAGUUCAGCAACUAUUUCUCACGGCAUCCUGGUAUAAGGCCGAAGCCAUGUUUGUUGAAUCGUGGCAUGCCUUGAGCUCCGCCAUCCACGAGGCCCAAGAGUUAGGCAUGCAUAAGAGCCUCGCUAAGGUAGGACUUCCAGAGUUUGACAAGGAAAUGAGGCGACGUCUGUGGUGUAUCCUGUAUAGUUGGGACUGCACUUACUGCUCCUUUGAAAUGCCCAAUGUGAGGUUGGAAAGCGACCAUAUUGAAGCGGACGUGCCCUCGCCUAUAGUACACAUGGCGCUCCAGUGUCAACUCGGCCAGGCCUUGUCCAAGAUACCAGGGGUGAUGGGUGGAACGAUGACUCCCGCAAACGCCGUCACUGUUCAACAAGAGACCGAACAAUGGCUUGCUUCAUUUCCGCCUGCUUAUAGGCUUGUCAAUCCUGACAUGCAAUGGGACCGUAGUUACAAAUACGUGGAGGUGCAGCGCAAUCAGCUGCAUGCUAUUGCCUAUCUGGUCAUGCUCAUGCCAUUGAAACAAUGUCUCACAAGAGACGUACAUCAAGACACCUCUUCUAUCGAGAAAAGCCUCCAGCCCACUGCCAUUGACAUUGCACUGAAACUGAUCCAGGCGGCUCACCAGCUACUUGAUUGCAUGUUGCCUUCAAACGCCAAGUUUCAUUUUGCCCCGUUUGCGAUGUUCGACACAGCCGCCAGCCUAUGUUCGGCCAUCAUCCACGACCCUGGACGAUGUCUCCCGCAGCGAGACAAGGUCAUUGAAGCAAUCGGCGUGGCUCUGGGCACACUAGAACAGAUUAUCCACAACACGAACACCGCCGCAAUGUGCCACUCAGUGCUCUCAAAACUUGUGAACAAGCUCUCCUUGACCCCAGAGGAGAAAUUGAUCCUGCUUUCCAAGUCCUCCGACAACCCGCUUACAGGGUUGAAGACGCCCUCUGACUCCCAGUUACCUUUGAGUGCGGUCCCCGGCAUCGACUUUGCCAUUAAUAACAAUCUGCAGCCUUUAGACAUGCGCAGCCCUGAAACAUAUGUUCCCACAAUGUCAGGUUAUUCCUCCCUGGAACCGCUGGCACCUCCGUCCUCAGACCUUCAUGAGCUUUUCAACAUGGAUCUUGGUGAAUUAGGGCAGAUCUGGGAUUUGGAGAACCUCGGUCUUGAUUUCCCACAGUCCUUAACCGCUUAG